GCUCAUUUGUUUCACCUACGCUGUAAAAACACCGACAUGAUAUAUCUUGAUCCGGCAGAGGUACUUGCUAUAGAUCGCUUCAAGUCCAUCAGAGGCUUAUUUUCAAAAAUCGACUUAGAUAAUAUCAAGUACGUGCUUAUACCAUACAACGACGGCGGCACACAUUGGAUUUUGACAGUUGUGGAUGUGAAAAGUGGAUCGAUCAUUGUACUCGACCCCAUGACAACCGACUACAAUCCUAAUCUAAAAUCCCAUAGCGAUGCGGUAUCAGUGGCAAUGAAAAUUCUCCAAAAGAAAUUUUGGAAAAACGUAACCAACAUAUCCAUCAAAACAGAAGAACAUGUGAUGCAGAAAGAUGCACGCAGCUGUGGUGUAUACUGCUGCUUCUACGCGUCAAAGAUAAUGUCAGGUGGCAAGCUAACUGACAAAUGCGAUCCAAUGGGCUUUAGAAGACAUAUAUAUAAGACGAUUGUCGGAAAUUGUAUUCCAUCUGCACGUACAUGGAAGAAUAUUCAGAAAGAACAUUCAAUGUGUCGGGUAAGUGCAUUUAUAUUCAUAUUUAUGAGUACACAAGCAAUCAAUUGUCGAAAUGAGUUCGAACUUUUAUGAUUCUUCUUCUUGAUUUUAGGCAUGUCUAAAAAAAAACCCAAAGACAACGAAAUUGACUGGGUGCAAUGUACACGAUGUCCGCAAUGGUAUCAUUGCAAAUGCGCUUAGUUUACGGCGGAACAAGCCGAUUUAGCAGUCAACUUCCGUUGCUGAUGACAUUUAUCUGUUAUUUCUAGUUAUUUCUAGGGACCUUACACUAUUUUUAAUUUUUUUAAAUGUUUUUUAGAUCAUCAUCAUUUUGUUGCUUAACUGGAAAUAAAUCAAAAUAAAAUAAAGUGAUCUACCAACUAUCUAGUUAAACCUUUUAAAACACAAGAUAACAGAAAAUGCUUUGUUGUUUUUAUUUCUAAACCUAUGGGAGUGCGGUGAAAAGAGAGAUUCGUCUUAUUAUUAUAAGAAGAAGAAAUUAACUUUAUUGUAAAAUGUUCCAAUUCCUUUUUUUUUCUGUUUUUCUUACUACGCGCUACGCACGCAUUUGUUUAAGGCCCCUAAAGCGCAUCUGGCCAAGCCCACGGUGCGUGCGUCCAAAAAAAAAAUUAAAAAAAAAUGGGGCAAUGACUGCCUUUCCGUUAAUUCGCACAACGUUUUAUAAAAACAUGGAAUAAGUAAAUCGUGUUUAUGCUUUUAUUUUGCAAGUAAAUCAUUAAAUAAUACUUUUUUCUAUAAUGUUUUAAUGGUUUCUUUCGGUUAAGAUGAAC